UCUUAAUAGAAAUAAAAUGAAUAAUCACGACCGAAUCUUGCUUUUCAGUGCGUCAAAUAAACAAACACCCUCACUUUUGUGGUUCUGAGCUAUAAUGUAGAUGUCGCAUGAGCUGAUUUAGCUUUGUAUAAAUUCGUCAAGAGGAUUCACAAGCACUUGAUGUUUUCGAACAUGGCGGUAUACAGCAUGUUGUAAGAUUGCCGAACAGCAGCCCUACAAAGAUGGUGUUCGCAUCGAAACCGGUGAUACAAGAAAAACAGGAGCCCAGGAACAGUACUUGGCAAGAAGAACUUGGAGAACUGCAACUAUGAAUCGAGUUCGUUGACGGAACAAUAUUGUGAAUUAGAUCCAAUUUUUUCAUGGGAUGUAGCAUCAUUGUAAAAUAUUCUUCCAUUGAGCUAUGUACUGGAGCACGAAAUAGGAACUAUUACGAGUAAAAAAAAUUUUCUCUCAUACAGAAUGAAGAUAGUCACCAAAUGGAAACUUUGCACGGUUUGCCUGAACGAGCACAGUGGGCAAUGUCGUUUCACGAUUCGGUGCGACGUAGAUGAUUGCAGAGAAUUGGCAGUUGGAAUGCACGCGCACAUCAAGCCCAGCGGUACAAUGAUGUUCCGGAUGAUUCCAGUUAAGGUUCACUGCGGAGAAAAAUCGCUGGCUGUGCUUGCAUUCCUAGACGAAGGAGCUUCCAUCACGUUGAUAGAGAUGGCUGAUCGUCUGGGGCUAAACGGAGUGAAAGAAAAGCUAGUUCUCAACUGGACUGCGGACCAGGCGAAUGAAUCUGUGGACUUCCGCUGUUGAUGAGGAGAAUCCGGAGAAGACUUUGCUGAGAUCGGUGUAUACGGUCGACAAGCUAAGACUACCGCACCAGACGCACAAGCCUGAUGAACUAUCGGCGCAGUACGACCACAUGCGGGGAUUGCCGAUCAGCUCGUAUGAUGGUCGACCAGGAAUUCUCAUUGGGCUAAGCAACAUUCACGCCUUUGCUCCCCUGGAAGCGAAGAUAGGCACUACGAGCGAGCCAAUCGAAGUACGGUGUCAACUCGGCUGGACGGUGUACGGGCCCCGACGAGCAUCUCCUGAAUCGCAGGGCAACUAUCUAGGCUACCACCAACAGGUAUCUAACGAAGAUCUUCACGAUCUCCUCAAGAACCAUUACGCACUCGAAGAAUCCGUGGUACAAGUGCACCAGGAAUCGACAAGAGGGCUCGGUCGAUCCUAGAGCAGACUACGAAACGCGUAGGGGACCACUUCGAGACGGGGCUCCUCUGGAUCAUGGACGACGUGAGCUUCCCGGACAGCUACCCUAUGGUGCUGAAGCGGCUCAAGCAGUUGGAGAGAAAGCUGGAAAGGUCGCCGGAAUUGUAUCGAAACGUUCGAAAGCAGAUCGAAGAAUAUCAAACAAAAGAAUAUGCCCACGAAGCCACCGAAGAAGAGCUGCGUACUGCGGAUCCCAAAAAAGUGUGGUAUCUCCCGCUGAAUGUGGUGCUAAAUCCGAAGAAGCCUGACAAAGUUCGACUCAUUUGGGACGCUGCGGCGAUGGUCCAAGGAAUCUCCCUCAACUCCAUGCUGCUGAAGGGGCCGGACCUACUAGUGCCGCUGGUGUCAGUGCUUCUCAACUUCCGGGAGCGACGGAUUGCUUUCGGUGGGGACUUCCGCGAGAUGUACCAUCAAAUGAAGAUGAUCGCCAAGGACAAAUCCGCCCAAUGGUUCCGGAACAACAGCGCAAAAGAGCCGAAAGUGUACGUGAUGAAUGUCGCCACGUUUGGGUCAACGAGCUCGCCUGCGUCAGCACAGUACGUCAAGAACCGGAAUGCGGAGGAGCAUGCCGGGCAGUUCCCAGAAGCAGCGAUGGCCAUCAUCAAAAGACACUAUGUCGAUGACUACUUCGACAGUGUCGACACGAUUGAGGAAGCGGUAGAACGAGCGAAACAGGUGAGGUUUAUCCACAAGCGAGCCGGAUUUGACAUUCGAAACUGGGUGUCGAAUUCGCUGGAAGUUCUGACAGCGUUAUGGGACGCCAAACCUGGGGGAGCAGUUGUCUUCAAUCAUGAUAAGCAGAAGUCCAAUGAACGGGUCCUUGGGGUAAUUUGGGAGCAAGAAAAUGUUGCCUUUGCCUUUUCCGCGACUCCCCGGCCGGAAAUGCAAGUCUAUUUGUGCGGUGAAAAGCGUCCUACAAAACGAAACGUUCUAAGCUGUGUUAUGGGGUUUUUCGACCCAUUGGGGCUACUGUCCCCAUUCACGAUUCAUGGAAAGAUGCUUGUCCAACAUCUCUGGCGAAGUGGCUGCGAGUGGGAUCACCAAAUCGAUGAACACGGUUGGAACCAGUGGCAGCCGUGGAUUGGAUUGCUUCCAAAAGUCGAGGAAUUACGAAUUCCACGAUGUUGUCUGGGUGAUGCUGAAUCUUCAUCGGUAGAGUCCCUCGAGCUGCACAUCUUUACGGAUGCGAGGAAGCACGCUUAUGGCUGCGUGGCAUACCUAAGGUCGGUCGUCAAUGGAGAACUGAACUGUAAUCUGGUCAUGUCUCGCGCAAAAGUAGCGCCGCUAAAGCGUCAGUCGAUUUCCAGACUGGAACUGAUGGCUGCCGUCCCAGGCGCUCGAUUGAGCCGAACAACAACAAUAAUCAUCCUGAUAACAUUGCUGGAAGUUUUAAAAUUGAACUAACUCUUAUCAUAAUGUACAUAGGUUUCGUCAAGCUAGAAGGGAUAGAUUUAUGCAUGUUUUCUUGGUGAAAUUUGUUUAAAUUAUUAUUGAACGGGUGAUUCAAAAGUCAUGAAAUUCUUCAAACACAAGGUGACUAUAAAUACGGUGUCAAUAGUCAAUAGUUAUACUACCAAACAAGCAGGUGACCACUUUCCCCCCACUACCCCUACAUAGUACGGAUGUAUGGAAAUGAAUACAGCAAACGAGCACAGGAUUAAAAUCCAGCAUAGGCAAACUCGGGGGCUCAUGGCGAUGCAGUCUCAAUAAAGAAAAAAAGGAAGUCGACAUAAACAUGAUCAAAGCUCAGGUCAAGGUAAAAGAAAGCGGCCGUCCAAAAUAAUAAUCUUACUAGGCGUGCUCAAGACGAGUAAAUAAAUCACUCAUUUUCAUCCUCGUCUUGGAAAGUGGCCCUUACUCAACUUUAUCUUUAUUUUAUUACUGAAUGUUUUUAUCACAAUUUCUUGUUUGAUCUUUCAGAAAUGUCAGUGUUAACUCAUAUUUCAAUGAUGUUAUAGGAUAAUGGCUUUCGCCUAUAUUUCAAACAUAGUUAAUUGUCCCUCGUAGUGUAGAGUUAUUACUUUUUCAUUUCCAUAUUCCUACCGUUUAAUAUGUUGGAAAUUCAACAAUUCUACAGCUACAUGACAAACGAUGGCAAUUCGUAUUAUUUAAGAGACGAAUGAACUCUCAGAGUUUAAAGUCUCUCUAAUUCAAUACCUUCCUACCUUCCUUCGUAUUAUUUUUGUCUAGUAGAAUGGAUCUUUUCCAGUAGUGGUAAGUGGGUAUUUACAAAACGUACGAAGAUGAAAAAAACCGUUUGUUUUCAUCGGGUGUAUUUUAUUAAACGCGUCGCAUGUUAAUUACAAUUGGAACCCAAUGGCACGCAUAAUGAACACUCCUAACUUCAUAAUAACUUCUCCGUCGAAAAUGACGGAAUUGCAUGAUUCAACAAAAAUUAUUACAAUGCUAAUGAAACUAGAACUCAUGUUGACUUUAUCAAGUACGGAAAAAUAUCCAUCCAAGCUUACACGCCCAUCUUUUUCUUGAGAUCCUCGUCCUGCGCACUCAUGGCGGUGAGUUUCUUGCCUAUACGCUCGUGGAUUUCCAGGUACUUGGCCACGCAGCGAUCCAGACAAACGGAUUCGCCUUUGCCUGAAACAAUAAUAUAUUUUUAUGUUAGACUUUAGGAUUUAUCAAAUUGUGAAGCGCCUACCCAAUUCAGCAUCGGCGUAUUUUGGAGGUAUGCACUUCUUAUGACAAGCAUGAGUCAUUCUAGUGUAGAGGUCGGACAUCAUUUCGAUUUCCAUAUCCUGCAUCAGUUGCAGUUUGGCUUGCUGAGCGGCAUCCAGCUGUUGGGAACUCAUUUUGAACGGAUUUGUUGCGUUUACUUGGACGUUUCUAUCAGAUUAUAAGUAGCCUCCACAAAUUAUAGCUCCUUGAUUGCGGAUCAAUUUAAUAGCGUCUUGGAGAUUCUACAGUAUAUUCGCCUAGAUUGGAUUCCCUCAUGCGCUUGCGAAUUUUCAUAUUCUCAUAACGAUUCUUAUCAACCAAAUGCUUUGAGUACACAAACCCGGCGAUUCCGGCAACCGUGAUGAAACCCCUUUGCGGAAGAAAGAUAAGCAAUAAAAACAGUUUUUGAAUAGAUGAUAAAUUCGCAAAGUAAUUACCAGCCAAUUCCUAUUUUUCCCAAACGUCCUAUUCGCAUAAUAGGUAAUAAACGAACUAAUAUUCAACUAAAUAUUGAUCCUUUCGGUGUGAACAACCCAAUUCUGAGUUCUUACGAAACAACACACAAUGCUCUACGAACACCAACCGUUACACUGGGCGUUACUAUUUUGUGACAGUUCGUGUUUAUUUGUCAUAUCGGCGGAAUCGCAAUUUUACCGACAAUUACGCAAAUUGCAUAACGUAUCGGUGAAAUAGUGGAUAACAAGCGAAAUUUUCUGUUCUGUGUUUCUAAUAGGGAUGGGCAAAGCAGUUCACUUUGAUGAACGGUUCAGUCACUAACUCUUCAUCUAAGUGAAACAGUUCUUUUGAACCGUUCUUUCGCUCUUUCGUUCAGCGGUAUUAAAAACAGCAUAGAAUCUUAGCUGGAACUCAACAUCAAUAGACAGCUAUUCAUUGCUACCUUUGAAUUGAAUAGGAGAUUUUUUGUUUUUGAUUUUUAUGUUUGAAAUUUAAUGGGGAAAGAUAUGGUGCUUCUUUAAAAGUCACAAACUGCAUGUGAAAAUAUGU